AUGGGCAGGGAGAGGCGCCUCGACUUGACCUUGCCGCCGGAACUCGCACCAAAACGACCUUUGGAGGAGGACGUUGGCGCCGGGGCCGAAGCACCAGAGGCCAAACGAGCAAAGACCGCGACCGAGACUGAAGAAGCUUCACUCGAGGAUGGAUUAGCACUACUGGUACAGAAUGCGCUGUCGAAUGUUGGCGACAUGGUCGACCAAUUCACCAACGGACAAGAGCCAGCCCCGGAACCGCCCGCAUCGGACCCGAUCGAGGUUGACACAAGCAUACGGGCACCUGAAUCUCCUGUCAUUCGGACUACAUUUCGAUCGGACCCCCAGAAGUUCAUUCGCGACGCCAAUGUCCAUGCGCUAGGGAGUCUUGCCUUGUCGCUAUUGCUUAUUCUUGUGCAACGACCUGUUGAAGACGCGAUCAAACUGGCUCGAGCAUCUGAUUCACAACAUGACAGGGCAUUUGGCAAGCUCAAGUGUGCCUUUGAGAAUGUCCGCGACAUGUACUCGUCUGGACCCUCGUUGUCUGCGAGUCAACUCGACUUCCAGGAUGCCGACUCCCAAACCUUUAUCGAACUCGCAAAUCUCGCGCAGUUGGGAUUAUGGCUGGUUGACGGAACCCCACAGGCUCUCUCCGAGGCCGACGAAAACUUUCUCGCCAUUUCCCAGUGCCAACAACUGUCGGAACUGCCACCUGAAAUGACGGAACUGUACUUGGGUAUCAAAACGCAAAGAGCCAUAGAGUUUCUUGUUGAGAAGGAGCCGUCAAAGCGGUCGGAAGAGGUUAUCGGAGAGGUCCUGACGCGAGGCCUGGAGGACGCCUUGAAAGAGCAGCGCGGCGGAGGGCAGUUGACGUCUGCCGACCAGAGCUUUGCAUCUUCAGUUCAGACACGGAAAGAGACGCUGCAAGGGGAGGUCAAGGAAGAGUCGGAGCCAGCUGUUGCUUUGAGAGAGAAGCACCCUGCCGAGGACUUGCUGCGGAGCUUUCUGGAACAUGCCACCGACCGGCUCAGGUCACUGACAGAAAUAGGCGACAAGUUGGGAAUUGCCGUAGAGAUUGGGGACAGCGAGUCUCGGUCGGAGCAAAUUGCCGAAGCCGCCAGGGACGCCGACUUGGAUUUGGAUGAACUGUCGUCGUUCUUUGAAAAGACGGCUUCUGGUCUGGUACAGAAUGCUCUCGCAGGGCUGACAGACGAGCCAGCCACGACGGCCUCAACAGAAGGAGAAGAAGAGGGCGAGGCCGCACCCUCACGCACCGAGAAUAAGGCGGACGCCGCCCUAUCCCGGACCAACGGCAAAGUCGACCUCAUGACAGACUACAAGGAACUCGAGGCUCUCGUGGCGGAGAGUACUUCCAACUACGUCAAGACCACUCUUCACGGCCUCUCACCAGCCUGCUUUCAACCCGGCGCUUCUGGUGGCACCACCGAGAGCGCGGCCGCUCAGUUACCUUGUUUGACGCAGUUGCAACAUCACCAAGCACAAAAUCCGUACUACACCUACACACAGCCAACUCCCGAGCCGCAGCCGCCUACAGCGCCUGGCGAGACCCUCCCGCCGAACCAGACGUGUCCCAGCUCCGUACUAUACGACAAGGCUCGCCAGGCUGCCAUCUCAAAGACCUCUGCACACACUCGGAGAGAAGGACUGCACUCGGCUCGUCGACCUUGGACCCAGGAGGAAGAAAAGGCGCUCAUGGCUGGCUUGGACAUGGUUAAGGGACCCCAUUGGAGCCAGAUCCUGACGCUCUUCGGCCAGAACGGGACCAUAUCGGACAUACUCAGGGACAGGACGCAGGUGCAGCUCAAGGACAAGGCCCGCAAUCUCAAGCUCUUCUUCUUGAAGACCAACUCCGAGAUGCCUUACUAUCUGCAAGCCGUUACGGGAGAACUGAAGACGCGUGCGCCGACGCAAGCGGCGAGAAAGGAGGCCGAGGAGAGGGCCAGGCUCAACUCUGAAGAAGACCAAGCAAAACUUCAAGGCAUCAUGGCCCUGGCAGGCGGCCUAAAACACCCGCCAAACGGUCCAACGCCGGCACAGGCAGCGCAAGCGGCCUCGUCUGCACCACCGCCACCACAACAAGAACAAGAAGUCGGGCGUCAAGCCAACGAGGCUGACCGAGGGGCCCAAGCGACGUCGGCACCAAGGCCGAUGGCGACUCCGGCUUCCCAAACUCGCCCAGGCGGCCAGGCGAACACGCAGCAGCCGUUGCACUCUGCUGCCCAGGCAAAUACCCGACCCCGGGCACAGCUGCCGCCUCAGGUUCCUCGACCGCAAGGACAGCAAACACGGCAGCCGGCAACCAAGACACAGCAAGUACAAGGGCCAUGGCAGCCGCCGGCCGCCCAGCAGCAUCAUGCUUCCACGGCGCAGCCGCCCGCGACAAGGCCCGCGCCAACCGGCACGUCUCCGGCUGCCGCUCCGCCACAACCAGCGUCCUCGACAACCUCGCCUGCACGAGCACAAGCACAAGCCCUUUCACCGCAGCCACGUCAAGCGGCUGCCCGACCCGCGCCGACUCCGUCACCGGCACCGGCACCGGCACCGGCACCGGCAGCAGCAGCCCAAAAACACCCGUCCCCGCCCUCAGAGGCACCAAACCCCGACUCUCCGACGCAGCAGGAGCAAGACGACAACGCAGCAGAGGCAGCUCUUCUCCAAAGCCUUCAAGCCGUGGCGGCACAAGGCCUAGCGUCAUGA